CGACAUUUGUCAGAACGGCUUUGUCCGUCCUGCAAGCAGUUGACUCAAAGGGACAAGGAGACCUGGAUUUCACAUGAUACAAAAUUCUGCUUUUAUAAGAAAAAUGCCCAGGAAAAUUAGUAUGCGUGGUUUGGAAUCCAGAAACAACAAAACUAACGAAAACAGGCAAGAGGAGAAGAAUGGGAUCACUGCUUUGACCUAUAGAAACAUGGCCGAGGGCAAUGAAGCCUGGUACCUUCAGACUAGCACGAUGGUUGCAUCAGAGCAUUAUCUGCGUCCUCCCAACUACGACCAAGGAGAUGGCAAAAAGAGUUUCUAUCAGAAAUAUUCCCCGAGCUUAAAAACCAUGAUUCCUGUCCGCUGGCAAUCAAGAUCUGCUGUGAAUCCGAUCGAUGAUGCCGGGUUAAUCUCCUUUGCCACAUUUUCUUGGGUUUCAUUUCUAAUGCUCAGCGGAUACCGGCGCAACAUUGACGUGGCCACGUUGCCUCCGCUCUCUUAUCACGACAGUUCGGAACCAAAUGCCAAAAGGUUUCGACUCCUUUGGGAAGCAGAGCUAGCAAAAGUUGGACCUGAGAAGGCUUCUAUAGGCAGAGUGGCCUUUCAGUUUCAGAGGACAAGGAUUUUGGUGGACGCAGUGGCAAACAUCACUUGCAUUAUCUUUGGAGCUUUAGGACCAACAGUCAUCAUCCAUCGCAUCCUUCGGUACAGUGAAAGCGGCUCCACAGAUCUCGUCACCGGGAUCGGCCUCUGUAUCGCACUUUUCCUCACCGAAUUUUCCAAAGUCGUGUUCUGGGCAAUGGCGUGGGCUGUCAACUACCGCACCGCGAUCAGAUUAAAAGUGGCAGUAGCGACCGUGGCCUUUGAGAAGCUGCUGGCGUUUAAGACUCUGGCGCACGUCUCUUUCGGUGAAGUGAUCAAUUUGUUAACCAACGAUGGCUAUCGAAUGUUCGAAGCAGCCUUAUUUUGUCCCCUACCAAUUGCUGUGCCUGUACUGAUGACUGUUUGCACAAUCUAUUCUUGUCUCAUCCUUGGUCCCACAGCGCUCAUAGGGACAUUUGUUUAUACUAUAUUCAUACCCUUACAGAUGCUCACAGCCAAGCUAAUGUCUGUGCUCCGAAGAUCUGCCAUCGCGGUGACCGAUAAACGGGUCCGAAUGAUGAAUGAGAUCUUGAUGUGCAUUAAGCUGAUCAAAAUGUAUGCUUGGGAGAAAUCUUUUACGAAAGCCAUCAGAGGCAUCAGGAAAGCAGAACGGAAAAUACUGGAAAAAGCAGGAUACGUACAAAGCGUGAACACAGCACUGACGCCAAUUGUGUCCAUCCUGUCGAUUGUCCUGACGUUUUCCUUCCACACCCUUCUGAAGCGUGAACUAACAGCCUCCGUUGCCUUCAGCGUUAUUGCCAUGUUUAAUGUAAUGAGGUUUUCAAUUGGCAUCUUGCCAUUCUCUGUGAAAGCAGCGGCAGAAGCGAACGUUUCUUUAAAAAGACUGAAGAAUAUUCUCAUCACGGAAAUCCCUCCGGCGUAUGUGAUGACGUUGAGGGACCCCCCAAAUGCCAUGGUACUGCAAGAUGCCACAUUGUCCUGGAAAAAGUCUUCCAGUGAACACAUCACCAGAAGUAGCACGGAGACCCUCCAGAAUGGGAAAAAUGUCUGCAAACACCAAUCAGCGAUGGGAACUGUUGUCUCUCCCUCUCAGAUAUCAGUUUCUGGGAAAGAGAGUAGCAGUAGUCUUGGCCUGCACAGCAUAAGCUUCACAAUACAGAAAGGCAAGGUUUUGGGGGUUUGUGGACAUGUAGGAAGUGGCAAGAGCUCCAUCAUUGCAGCGAUAUUAGGACAGAUGUACCUGUAUAAGGGGACAGUGGCCGUGGAUGGCACUUUAGCGUACGUGUCACAGCAGGCAUGGAUAUUUCAUGGAAGCAUCAGGGAAAACAUACUUUUCGGAGAUGCAUAUGAUGAACAAAGGUAUAAUUAUGCCAUCAAAGUCUGCAGUCUGAAGUCAGACCUGGACCUUCUGCCAUACGGAGAUAUGACUGAGAUAGGGGAAAGAGGAAUCAACCUUUCUGGAGGCCAGAAGCAGCGAAUCAGCUUAGCUCGUGCCGUGUACGCCAACAGAGACAUUUACUUAUUGGACGACCCUUUAUCUGCAGUUGAUGCACAUGUUGGAAAGUAUAUUUUUGAAGAAUGCAUCAAAGAAGCCCUGCGAGGGAAGACCAUACUCCUCGUUACUCAUCAGCUGCAGUAUUUAGAAUUUUGUGAUGAAAUCAUAUUGCUGGAAGAUGGAGAAAUAUGUGAAAGCGGUACCCAUGCGGAACUGAUGGAAGCAAAGGGGCGCUAUGCUCACCUCAUUCAAAAUCUGCACAUGGAAGAAGCUACGGUUCCAAGCAAUGCUUUCCUCUAUUCAAAUGCAGCAACAGAAACAACCACGGAACUUCAGGAUAAUAUUCCGGAAGUCUACAGAGGAGUUGAAAAUCCUGUUUUCGAUAUGUCGGAGGAGACAAACCAGGAAUCCAAAAAAGACCCCGACAUAGGAAGAGAGGCAGCUCCUGCAAACCAACUUGUUCAAAAGGAAGAGAAGCAAGAAGGUGCCGUUACGUGGAAAACCUACCAUGCUUAUAUUAAGGCUUCUGGAGGUUUCCUGUUGUGGUUCUUCAUCGUUCUUCUCUUUGUCCUCAUGAUUGGCUGUUCAGCCUUCAGCAAUUGGUGGUUGAGUUUCUGGCUGAAGCAAGGCUCCGGGGCAAACUGCAGCUUGACACAGAACGCAACCUGUAGCGUGGGAAGCAUCACUGACAAUCCUCAACUGCAAUUCUACCAGCUCGUCUAUGGAAUGAGCAUCGUUUCCAUGGUCAUCCUAAGCUUCAUCAAAGGCUUUGUUUUUACUAAGACGGUAUUACGAGCUUCAUCUACUCUGCAUGACACCAUGUUUUACAAGAUCUUACAGAGCCCAAUGAGUUUCUUUGAUACGACUCCCACUGGCAGAGUAAUGAACCGGUUUUCUAAGGAUAUGGAUGAGUUGGACGUGAGGCUUCCAUUUCACGCUGAGAACUUUCUGCAGCAGUUUUUCAUGGUGCUCUCAAUCCUUGUCAUCACUGCCAUUGUGUUUCCUUCUCUCCUAAUUGUAGUGGCCCUCCUAACUGUUCUUUUUGUUCUACUCUUCCAGGUUUUUCAGAACACAAUCCGAGAGCUAAAACGAGUUGAAAACAUCAGCAGGUCUCCCUGGUUUUCUCUGAUCACAUCUACCAUCCAAGGUCUUAGUACGAUCCAUGCCUACCAAAAGCAGGAAGACUAUAUCAAUCAUUUCAUAAGGCUGAAUGAUGAAAACUCCAGUCAUUUUAUGCUGUUUAACUAUGCACUACGGUGGUUUGCAGUGAGGACGGACAUCCUCAUGAGCACCAUGACUUUCAUCGUUGCCCUGUUCGUAGUCCUCAGUCCGUCAUCCAUAAGUGCUGCCGAAAAAGGCUUGGCUUUGUCUUACAUUAUCCAGCUAAGUGGACUUCUUCAAGUGUGUGUGAGAACAGGAACUGAGACAGAAGCCAAAUUUACUUCCGUUGAACAGAUCACAGAAUAUAUCACGAUGUGUGUUCCUGAGGCAAAAGAGGGUGCUGCAGUUCUCAGCCCACCUGAAAACUGGCCUGAUAAGGGUCAGAUCACGUUUCAGAAAUAUCAGAUGAGAUACCGAGAAAACUGCCCCAUGGUACUCCAGGACAUAAACAUGAAUAUUCACAGCAAAGAAAAAAUCGGGAUCGUUGGCCGGACAGGCUCUGGAAAAUCAUCUUUAGGGGUUGCCCUGUUUCGUCUCGUGGAACCAACUGCUGGCACUAUUCUAAUCGACGGGGUCGAUAUCUGUACUAUUACUUUGGAAUCUCUAAGAAAGAAGCUGUCGGUCAUCCCUCAAGAUCCUGUUCUGUUUGUAGGUACAGUAAGGUACAACUUAGAUCCUUUUCAUGACCAUACAGAUGAGCAGAUCUGGCAGGCUCUGCACAGGACGUUCAUGAAAGGCACAGUUUCAAAACUGCCAGGAAAACUAGAAGGAGAGGUUGUUGAAAAUGGAGAAAAUUUCUCUGUGGGGGAACGACAGCUGCUCUGUAUGGCUAGAGCGCUCCUCCGAAAUUCAAAAAUUAUACUUCUUGAUGAGGCCACUGCCUCCAUCGAUUCCGAGACGGACAUACAGAUUCAGAGGACCAUAAAAGAAGCGUUCAUGGACUGUACAGUCCUGACCAUUGCACAUCGUAUAAAUACCAUCCAAGAGUGUGACCGUGUUUUGGUGUUGGACAAAGGGAAGGUAGUUGAAUUUGGCAAACCGGAUGAGCUCGCUCAGAAUCCUGAUUCUGCAUUUGCAUCGCUCUUAGCUGCUACAAGCAAAGCUGCGUCAUAGGACAAGGAAACAGUUGCAGGCGUUUGGUAUACAGAUGUUGGGAAAUUAAGUUUUCGCAUGGGUGAGAGAAGAAAACAAGUUCAUAGCUAAAUCAACAAGUCCUAUCAACAAAGUAGCAUUGGAAACUUUGCUGAAGGUCACAUCUACUGGGAAACUCAGAAGCCUGAUAUAAUGCUAGCAAUUAAAACUAAGAACCAGGCAAACAAGAAGGACCAUGCCAAUAUAAGUAAUAACAGCUGUUUGGGGAUCUUGUUCACCAUUUGAAGGAGGAAAAAAUAUAGCCACAAGGAAAGAUGCUGACAUGGCGUGUCUGAUCAACAAACUUACUGGGGUGCUCAAUUAUUCUGCCAGCUCUUUGCACCCCAGAACAGAUAAAUAUUGCGUGUGUCAAUGCAAAUACAGGGAAAUGAUGCAAACAUCAGCAUUGCAUCAUUUUAAUGACUCUGCUACAGACGAAUUAGACAUGGCUGAGUCACACUAAAACCAAUGGAAGAAGUUAGUUGUGAUUAAUUUGAGCGCCAUUGAUUUCAGUGGAACGUAAAUGCAACGAACACUUGGCGGAUUGAGUACCAUGUGCUUUUAGACUUCCGUACCGUGUUUUUUUUUGGGGGGGGGGGAAAUAUUGGAUGGCUUUUAAAGGAACAAUUCAUAUCUUUGGCUAUGAUCUUGUCAGCAGUUAGGCUGCCUAAAUCCCAUUGACCCCAAUGGGGUGGAAGCAGCUUAACUGGGUGCAGGGCUGCAGCGUUCGUCUUUUCCUUGCAUGCACCAAAUGCCUGCAAUUGGUGCAUGCAAGGAAAAUGCGCUGCAGUGUUCUGCUAAAAGGAGGAGGCCCCACCCAGACAAGCACCUUAAAGCCCCAUGAGUUACAACUGGAGCUAUUUUAAGCACACACAACUCUCCCGUUGGAAUCAAUGAGAUGUAAAAAUGCUUACCUUCGGAUACAUCGUACCCAAUACUUCUGUCUAUACAUGUGAUCUGUUCUUCUCUGCAAGAAAGAAAAAAGAAAAGAAAGAAUUCAUACCCUCCCGUGGAGAAAGCACAGGUCUUAGUAUUAUUAUUUUGACUCCUGUGGUUUAUCACUAUUAGUUUGUCAUGGUAUGCAGUAAAGAAUA